CCGGGUCCCGGUCGGACCGGAUUGGCGGCCGGACUGAUUCCGUUGACAUUGCUCUGGAGGAGGAGCGGAGUCAGGUGUUACCAAACCCCGGGCAUUCGCAGCAGGGCGCCACAGAGAAGUGGCAGCCCGCUCCUGUUCGGCUGUAUCUCCGGGACCCGGGGCACCAUGUACCGGCGGCCGCUUCAGUUCGCGGCCCGGGCCGCCGCCAACCGGUCCGCCUGCGCGAAGGUGCUGGAGGCUGAAUCUUCCUCCCGGAUGGCGAUGGCGGCGGCGUGCCGACUUGGCGGCGGCGCUUCGCUGGCGGCUCACAGCCGGUCUCUGCACGUCGGCACACAGCUCUCCAACGUGAAGGAGACCCCCCAGCACUCAGAGGAGGAGGUCGGGGCCUUCACCAAACUCAUCGAGGCCAUGGGCUUCACCGCACCGCUCAAAUACAACAAAUGGAAGAUAAAGAUCGCUGCUCUGCGCAUGUACACGUGCUGCGUGGAGAGGAUCAACUACGACGAGUUCUUCGAAAAGUGCUCCCUCCCAGACACCCUCAACUCCUGGUUUCUGGUCGCACAGCUGCACGUUUGGAUGUGUUUGGUGCGGAUGCGGCAGGAGGGCCGGGAGGGGAAGUACAUGUGCCGCUACAUCGUCCACUCCAUGUGGGAGGACGUGGAGCAGAGGAGCAAAAUCAUGGGGAUCGACGCCAUGCACAGAAAGGAGGCGCUGAAAUCCAUGACUGAGACCUUCUACGCCGCCAUAUUUGGAUACGAUGAGGGAAUCCUGUCGGACGACUGCGUGCUGGCGGCGGCUCUGUGGAGGAACCUGUUCAACCGCCAGUGUGAGGACCCCCAGCAGCUGGAGCUCAUGGUGGAAUACGUCCGCAAGCAGAUGCAGUUCAUCGACGCGCUGGACGGGAACGACCUGCUGCUGACCGGGGAGGUGAAGUGGCGCCCCCUGCUGGAGGACAAGGCCCAGAGCAUCCUGAAGACGGUCAAACCCACCUACAACGACGCGGGGCUGUGACCCCCCCCCCCCCCCCCCCCAGCUGCCAUGUUUUCUUCUUCUUCUUCUUCUCUGCCCUGUGUCCUCCAGCUCUUCCUCUGCUCUCCUGCCGGGUCUGAGAGCCCCUCACAGACUGUAUUUAUAUUUCUAUUUUUUCUGGAACUCUGUAUUUAUGAGAUAUCUUGAAGACCUCCGUGUUUACGCCCUCCCGCUCUCACUGCGUUUAAAUAAAGUUUCACGCUCCCCGCUCGCUCUCAGACCCGGACAGGAAGUGGAGCGCAGAGGACUCGACUGUUUUUAAAAAAGCGAGUCAAUAAAGUUACGUGUGAAUCGGAGCCGCUUUCGGGAGGUUUUUAUUCUCUCAUAGCUCACAGAAACGAGAGCAAACCUCCACCAGCCUUUAGUUUGACUCUUAAUUUUCACUUAUUUUUAUGUUUGAAUUGCCAGAUUUUACCAAUAAAUCUAAAUAAAGUCAUUAAAAUAUAAAGAAAACC